AUGACGACGGGAACGGCCGCUGCAAGAACAACGGAUAAUGAAAACCAAAACUCUACUGCACGAACAAGAUUCCCAGCGAUGAAAAUAACAACGACCAGACUCGCGUCCCUCUCGAGAAGAUGUUGUUUGUUACCGCUUUAUUUCUGCACCGGAAGCCUUACACUUUGCUUUUUUCUGCUAACCCGACUGCUCCGCAAGCUGCUGGAACUGUCAACCAUGCUGUUUUGCCGUGGUCUGCUAUUCGUUAAGCGGUUCUGCUGGAACCGGCUCAUUGGCGGCCGGCGUAGAAGUAGCUCUAGGGUGUGGAGACAACGAGGAAUGGGAGGAAGUUCCGCACUCUUUCAUACCAACCCGGCGUUCGUCCACGUGCACCAGCCGGCCUACGCAGACAACUUCGUGCAAGGAGACGAGAGCAGAAGCAGCAGUCGUGCAAGAACUGGUUCUAGUGCAGGCGCGACGGUGGACGGCCUAGAAGGUGGACCACAAAAGCAAUCGCAAUUACCUGGGGGAAACGAAAACGAUGUCCUCAGUACAACUUCUAGUGGUGUCAGUAGUACAAACCGGGUUCUUCUAGAAGGAGAACGAGAAGCUCAAUCUGCUCUCUUCGAGCAAGAGGAUGAGGGCACCAGAGUAAAAAACAUCCCAGAGGACGAAGACCAGGAAGUCGUGGCGGAACGCAAAAAGGUCAAGAACUGGCUGCAUUACCGUUUGUUUCGUGGCUGGUUUCAAAGGCAGGACCCGGGACAACGGGGAGAUUUUUCAUCUAUUGCAGUAGAAGAUGAGGAGCAACAGCAAGAACAGUCAGAGCAAGGGCGGGAUAGAACUCCUCCACCAGGGUCCUCGCAACUAGUACAACAAUCUUCAGGGGCACUAGAAGUAGGUGGGCAACAAGAGGAUGAUUCAGAUUCUUCUCGACACUCGGCGCACCAUCAAGGAGGUUUUCAGGGCGGGGAACAAGAUGUAGUUCCUAGUGCGGCACAAUCCUCGUCACACCCCUACCUGGUAUUGCACAAUCUGGAAAAGACGUUUUACUCGCUAGACCGAAGCAUUUCGAGCAAGGUGCAAGAGAAAAAGGCCGUCUGCGGUGUGGAUUUUUUUGGCGCGCUGGACGCAGGAGGAGCAGGAGUGGGGCCGCUCAAAAACAGAGCUGCGAACAACGAAGUUGCGACAAGCCUGACCAGUGGCAGUUCCACAACUGCCAGCGCCGCGUCGACGGCUUCGAGUUCAAGUACUACCACGAACACUAGAGCCUCGUCCUCGAGCUCAGCGGGAUCUUCACCAGGCGGCCAAAUUUUCGGCCUCCUGGGUCUCAACGGCGCGGGAAAGACAACAACGUUUAAGAUGAUGCUGGGCCUGGAAACCCCGACGAGGGGCGAAGUGUACAUCCUGCCCGGACUGCUGCAGAGCUCUUCGUCGUCCCGGGACCACGAUAAAGUCCCCUACGAAUACAUAGGGUACUGUCCGCAAUUCGAUACGCCGCUCUUCUCCGAGCUGACGGUCUUGGAGAACCUCAACAUUUACCGCCGCUUGAAGCAAAACAACAGCACGCGCGCUGCGGAAGCCGAUUUUAGUACAACACCACCUCCAGCAGUGGAGCUGCAGACAGAGCCUUCAUCUUCACGCGCUCGUCCGGCUACUACUUCUACCCGAGCAACAAGUUCUACCUCAACGACCUACGCGUCUUUUCUGAAACGGCGCAUGCAGAGCUUGAUCGUAGAGCUGGACCUGGAGCCCUACCUGCACAAGAAGUGCUACCAGCUCUCCGGCGGAAACAAGCGGAAGACGUGCGUGGCGAUUGCGCUCUUGUCAAAGCCGAAGCUGCUUUUUCUCGACGAGCCCUCUUAUCCACAGAAAAAAACCCAUCCACAUCCAUUUUUUGCAUGGCAAGCACAUGACUUGAUACGUGUUUUGCAUGACAAAUUGGAUGUGGAUGGGUUUUUUUCUGUGCAUACCUCUACGGGAAUGGACGCCGUGGCCAAGCGAAAUUUGUGGAGGUGCCUGCAAAAGUAUGUGCAACUGGACAGAACCUUGUGCAUCUUGACCACACACAGUAUGGAAGAGGCCGAGUUUCUCUGUCACCGCAUUGCCAUCCAGGUGGAGGGACGCUGGCGGUGUCUGGGCUCGGUGAACCGGCUGCGCCAAGUCUACGGUGGCGGGUAUGAGGCCAUCGUGGAGCGCGAGAAGAUUCGUAGUACACUAUCAGGCAUGUCGAUGUCCACGUCUCUCAUCUCUGGGGGCCGUCGAAAUGGAGCAGGAGGUCUACUUGGCAAAAAUACUGCUGGCACAACGACCUCUGCUGCGGAAGUUGCUGUCUUAGAAGAUUUCCUCGAAGAACUGCGAAAACUGCACCCGGAUGUGCGCAUCAUUAACGGCACCGGGACAAAUUUGCAACUGCGCCUGCAGUUUCCGUCACUGGGGUUGAUGUCGCAACAGGAGGACCACAUGGAAAACGACAGCUACACUCCGGUUGAUGGCUCUUCACAACCGGUGGAAGCGCGGAACAAUAAAUUGAAGAACACGAAUCUGCUCGAUCUUGCGGUUCUCUUGGAUUUCUUCCACAGCUACGAGAAGCAGCAGGAAGAAGACAGCGAGGUGGUCAGGAACAUGAGCACGACGCAACAAGGGACAUCAACCAACUUACGCGCGUCGUUGUCGCAAAUGCGCCUGGAGCAUGUGUUUCACCGCUUUAGCCCGGGGGCCAUGAGUUGAUCGAGGACUUUCUCGUCGCCCUCGCGAAAGGAAAGGAAAAAAGGGCAAGGGCUAAUAACAGAAUACCGACACGGAUGGUAAUGGUACUGAUUUUGGUAUUAAAAAAGAUGAUUUCACCACGUCCACUACAUGUCUGAACAACCGGUGGAUCAGUUCGUGGUCUCGUCUUUGGUAGCACGUUGUGAUUCAAUUUGUAUGUCGUGCCUCGUGGAGGUAGUUACUGCUAGACUUAGAUAGUUCUGCAAUCAUUUACAUUUUGGUUGCGCUCGCUAUAAAUGACUGUAACAUCGAAAGCAAAGACAAAGACAAGAAAAAGAAAUCAGAAUGACAUUGACAACUAGUGCAACUGGAGAGACAAAGAAGUGUAUGAAAUUGAGCAUAGUUGUAAGCGGAAACUACAGAAAAAAUGUUUCCACAGAAGUGGUCCCCCUGUGGUCACGAAAAAAUGAGAUGACUCAAAAUGAAUAAUGCCGUACAACAGAUGAUGAUGAAGAUGAUACCACUCAGGAGCUAUG